UCUUCGUUUACUUACGUUCCCUUUGACUAGGAGAGUACAGACGGACUCUGGAGCGGUCCCGGCAGAACCCACCAAGCCGAGAGAGGAGCCGAAAGUUAGGAUGGGUCCAGAGUCAGAACAACUAGGUCGGAAAGGGUCCAGUCGGACUGGAAGGAAAGAGAACAGGAGCCUCCAAGGAAGCUGGUGGAAGGAAAGAAGAACACCCUUCAUCUGGAAGCCAGUGUCUUUCCAGCUCUGCAGCUUCUCCUCCUGGACCUCCUGCGGGACCAGCAUGCAACACUGGCUGACGUUCUGGCCCCUUCCCUUCUUCCUGUUACUCCACUGCACUUCUGGCUGUCUGAACCUCACGUGUUACGUGGACUACGCCCGGGCUGUGACUUGCAUCCGGGAGAACAGCCCCACGGAGGACGACGCCACUUGGAACUACCUCAUGAUCAAAUGGAACGACACGGACGGAGAGAUGGAGGAUGAGGCCUCCUCUUGCCAACUCAACCAGACGACACAAAACCUGGCCCACACGGAGUACACGUGCUUCUUGGAUUUUUCUUUGUUUUGGGGGGAUUACAGUUUCUACGUCAUUAACUCGGCUGGAGUCCCGACUUGCAGAAGCUUCACCAUCUCUGAGAACAUUAAGCCAUACCCCCCUUUCAAUCUGACCAUGACCUACGAAGACGGUUACAACAUCUCCUGGAAAUCUUUCUAUGAAGACCCCCGGUAUCACCUACUGAACAAGGAGCUACACUAUGAGCUGCGAUAUAAAAAAGCGCAGGACCCCUGGAAGAAUCAGAAGAGGAAAAGUAUCUCUGAAGACACGAAAACGGUGCUGCUCCUGCCCAUUGAAUUCCAACGAGGGACCGAAUAUGAGGUCCAAGUGCGAGCGCAGCCCAAACCUCACUCCCUCUACUCUGGGGUCUGGAGUGAGUGGAGCGACUCGCUCAUCUUCACAACCCAGCCAGGAGAAGAGGAGACCAAGGGAGGGAUAUUUCUGCUGCGGUUCAUCAUCCCGGGCCUCGUCCUGUUCCCCAUCUUUGUGUACUGGACCCGUUUGCCUCAGAGGCUGUGGAAGAAGAUGUGGGUGCUUGUCCCCGACCCCGCGCCUUUCUUCAAGCCCCUGUACGUGGCUCACAAAGGAGACUUUAAGAGCUGGGUGGGCAUGCCUGGUACCCUGGCCAGCCUGGAUUUCUUGGACUGGGGAGUGGUGGUCCCAGACGUCUCCGACGAGUUCAGCAGCUGCCUCUCCCAGGGGACGAUGAAGGCGACGGAGCCGAAAGAGACCAAACUGGGCUCCUGUCCGUACCCCGUCGGAUUCCACAACUCCGGGAGUAGCCAGGGGAAAGACAGAUCCUACGGACUUGUGUCCAUCGACACGGUACUGGUGGCCGACGAGGUGGAGCCCUGCGGUCUGCACUGCGGCUGUAGUCAAGGUCGGCAGGGCCGGCAGUCCCACGGAGGAGGUGGGGACGGAGACGACGGCUACCCCGGGAUGAAUCUGGAUGACCCCGGGCAGGAGGAUGAGGAGGAGGAAGAAGCUACAGGAGAAUUGCUUCUGGGCAGCCUGAAGGCAGAAGACAAAGUCAUCUCCUCAGGCCAGGUUUCUAUGGACACCGGAGGGGAAGGUCCGGAUUCCCCGGCCCCCCAGCCCCGAGGGAAUGCGCCAGGAUGGGGAGGGGAAGCAAUGGGGAGCAUUCUGGAAACCAUUUGCCUGCAAGCGGCGAACGACUGGGAGCUGGAAAGCCCCACCUCCCUCCCGUCUCAAGAAGGAGAGGACAUUUCCUACAGCGAAGGGCCGUACAACUUCUUCUCGCCUAGAUCUGGAGAAGACGACUUUGGCCACCCGCUCAUCUGCCUGGACAUGGACACCAUUGACAGUGGUUUCGCUGGAUCAGACUGCGGCAGCCCCGUGGAGUGUGAAUUCGACGGAGGCAGCCAGCCCGAGACAGAUGGCAGUUCGACGCCGGUCACCAGCUGCACGGAGAACGAACCCCCUAGAUGUUACGUCAAACAGUGGGUGACUUUCCCGGCGCCUGAGACGCAGGAUACUCAGUGAGCGAGCGGGCUCCUGGCCAACAGAGGGGUGGUGAAAACGGACGGGUCGAAGCCCCACUUAUCGAUAUGAAGUGAUCAGGGACCCAAUAACGCCUCUAAACGAUUGUCCGAAUCCAGUUAUUCAGUGGGAGGGGGGAGUCGGUUUCCUCUUCUGUCCUCAUCACUUACAAAUGUAUGCUGUAUGCUCACUGGGUACCUGGCCCUGAAUAACCCACUUGGACAGAGAGGGGCAUCAACGAAAAGCCCAUUCAUUCCCUGCCCUCGCGGAGCUUCCCGUUGGCACACACACCUUGAUAGGGAGGCCGACGUGACAGAUUGGCUGUAGAAAUCGAUCGGUGCCCCCCGACCCCCGUAACAGCCUUUGUUAAAGACCGUGGGGCGUGAAAUAGAGAAUAUUUUGACAUUUCUCUAAUAUUUUGAGAGAAUCUCCCCCCUGCCCCCCGACCCACGGCAGGAAGGACGACAGCGAGAGACGUCAGAGGUGAAAGGAUCGUGGUAGAAAAGUAGAACAGUGUUUGAGUUGAGGGGAGAAAACGAGGGGACCCUUUCUUGGUCACCGCUCUCUGGAAGCUCGUCCUCUCCUUAGGAUGAACGUGACAAGUUAGGUGGCCAACUUGGACUUCCCAAGCGCUUAGUCCAGUGCUCUGCACGCAGUAAGCGCUCAAUAAAUACGAUUGAAUGAAGUUAGUGAGCUGUGUUCUGGCACCAGAGUGGGGAAACACUCGAAGUUGAGGGAGUGGGGCAGAGAAGUGUGAAGCAUAGG